AUGUCCGAAGCGGAACAUAAAAUGGGUCGCUUUAAGAACAAAAUACUUCGACUUCAAGAGAAACUCCAAGACCGAGUUGAAGAUUUAACAGACCAAGUGCAGAAUAAAAUAGAAAAAUCGAAAUUGUCUAAAUUUGUCUCGCACCUAUCUGAAGAUAGAAGUUCUAUCGAGGAUGUAGACAGAGAUAGCAUAGGUAAAUCCUCUAUCGAUUCGAAAUACAGUCAAUCGGACAGCAUUCCAUCUGUGAUCAUAGAUGAGCCCAGUGUGAACGCUGAUCCUAAGGAUAUUUGCAAGGAUUUCUUGACGGUAGAAAAACACGGAUUUUUAUAUAGACGAUGUCGUUCAGCGACAAACCUGGCUUUGGAUGAUUCAAGCUUUCAUAGUUCUAGUGAAUCUUGUUUUUCUUGUUUGUCAUCUAGUGAUGAACGAACCACAGAAAUUAGACCCAGAGCCGGCAGCUUACCAGGUCAAAACCUGGAUAUAGCUUUCGCUAUCAACACCUGCACAGAUAUUAUAGAGAAGAUUGGAAAUCGAUUCCCUAGACUUAAGACAAGGGGCGACAGAAUUCAUAGGUAUUUAUUAAAGAAUACGCGCCUCAGCGAUGUAAACAAACGCCUCAAAGCACAAAUAUGGAGUUCGGUGGUGACCAUCGUGUUGGUGGAAGCGAAGAAUUUACCCGCGAUGGACUUGGACACGAGAUCCAGCGAUCCUUACUGCAAAUUUAGGUUAGGUAAUGAAAAAUACAAAAGUAAGGUAGUUUGGAAGUCGUUGCACCCGUCGUGGCUGGAACAAUUCGAUCUACAUUUAUACGACGACCAGGAACAGAUAUUAGAAGUCACUGUUUGGGACAAGGAUAAACAGACAAAGGACGACUUUUUAGGAAGAUGCACAAUAGACCUAUCAAAGUUAGAACGAGAGAAAACACACAACAUAUGGAAAGAUCUAGAAGAUGGGAACGGGCAGAUCUUUCUGCUCCUCACAAUAAGCGGCACAACUCAGUCUGAGACGAUAACGGAUCUGGCUACGUACAGAGAAAACCCUAGGGACAUUCUAAAUGUUGAAAAGAGAUAUGCGUGGUACCGUCUCAAUGAACAAUCAAGUGGAGUAGGAUGGCUUUGCGUGAAGGUCUAUGGAGCAAAGGGUUUGGCCGCAGCCGACUUAGGGGGGAAAUCCGACCCCUUCUGUGUCCUGGAACUGGGCAACGCGAGGUUACAGACGCACACAGAGUAUAAAACGUUAACACCGAAUUGGAUGAAGAUUUUUACUUUUACAGUCAAAGACAUAAGUUCGAUAUUAGACAUAACUGUCUACGAUGAAGAUCAUGACCACAAAGUGGAGUUUUUGGGCAAAUUAGCGUUACCCUUGCUUAAUAUUAGGAACGGUGAAAAGCGGUGGUUCGCUUUAAAAGACAAGAAGAUGAGGGCACGCGCAAAGGGAAACUACCCGCAAAUACUUUUAGAGAUGUCUGUUAUAUGGAAUCCGCUCAAAGCUGCUAUAAGGGUAGUAAAUCCAAAAGAGCCUAAGUACAUGCACCAAGAAGCCAAGUUCAAGAGGCAACUUUUCAUCAGGAAUGUCGUAAGAUUGAAGGCAAUCAUAAUGUGGUUUAUUGAGAUUGGUAAAAUUUUACAGGAUUGCUUUGAAUGGGAAUCACGGAUAUGUUCGUUUAUCGGUCUACUAGCGUGGCUCGCCUUCUGCUACUACUACCAAAUGUGGAUGGUGCCUUUCUUCCUGCUGAUUUUCUUCAGUAGAAACUGGCUUAUAUACAGACUAACAGAACAAAUAAAAACCUACAAAAACCCUUGGAGGUGGUUAAAACGAUUCGUUUCUUGUAGUGGCAAUCCUUUAUUGGCUCCUGUUGACGAUGACGACCUUCUGGCCGAAGAAGACGACGAAGAGGAAGUAGAUAAGGAAGAGAAGAAAUCUCUAAAGGAGCGUCUUCAAGCGAUCCAGGAAGUAACGCAAACUGUUCAGAAUGCUAUUGGUUACGUGGCCUCGUUAGGAGAAGCUGUAAAAAACCUAACAAAUUUCACAGUACCAUAUCUAAGUUAUAUAGCAAUUAUAAUGUUAUUCGCUGCGAUGUUGGUCCUUUACGUGAUACCUCUAAGAUAUCUUCUAAUGGCGUGGGGUAUUAACAAGUUUACAAGGAAAAUUUUACGGCCACACACAAUCCCAAAUAAUGAAGUUUUAGAUUUAUUAUCGCGAGUACCAGAUGAUGAAACUUUAUUGGACAUAAGAGAACUGAAGCCACAUGCGCCAAGCGAACGAAAAGACGCAAGAAAGAAGCACAAAUCUUCGUAA